UUUUCCUUCCUCUGUUGACAGAAAGAGAAGGAAAUGACCCACCAUGUCUGAGGGCAGCAAGGGGAGCUCCCUGGCCUUUGGCCAGGUGGUCAUUGGACCUCCAGGAUCUGGGAAGACCACCUAUUGCCAGGGGAUGCAGGAAUUCCUGGGCAGGAUUGGGCGCAAGGUGACAGUGGUGAACCUGGACCCUGCCAAUGAUUCCCUGCCCUACCAGUGCUCCCUGGACAUUGCUGAGCUCAUCACCCUCCCAGAUGUGAUGGAGGACUUGAAACUGGGGCCCAACGGGGGGUUGAUCUACUGCAUGGAGUACCUGGAGGCCAACUGUGACUGGCUGCAGGAGAAGCUGGCCACCUCCCGGGGUCACUACUACUUGUUUGACUGCCCAGGGCAGGUGGAACUCUACACCCACCACAAUGCCCUGAAGAAUGUCUUUGCUCAGUUGGCCAAGUGGAAUUUCAGGCUGGCUGCUGUGCACCUGGUGGAUUCUCACUAUUGCACUGACCCGGGCAAGUUCAUCUCUGUGCUCUGCACGUCCCUGUCCACCAUGCUGCACGUGGAGCUGCCUCAUGUCAAUGUCCUCUCCAAGAUGGACCUGAUCGAGCAGUAUGGCAAACUGGCUUUCAACCUGGAUUAUUACACAGAGGUCCUGGACCUCUCCUACUUGGUCGACCAUCUGGCUUCAGAUCCCUUCUUCAGGAACUACCGCCGCCUCAACGAGAAGCUGGUGGAGGUGAUCCAGGAUUACAGCUUGGUGUCCUUCGUCCCCCUCAACGUCCAGGAUAAGCAGAGCAUGAGGCAGGUGGUGCAGGCAGUGGACAAAGCCAACGGUUACUCCUUUGGAGACCAGGAGCACAGGAGCCUGGAAGCUCUGAUGUCUGCAGCAGUGGGAGCUGAUUUCCACUUCACUUCCACCCUGGCAGUGCAGGAGAAGUAUGUGCAAUCCCAGGACAAAGCCCUGGAAGAAGAAGCCAUGGAUCUGUGA